AUGGCCGAGCCGUGGAGGCCUCGUCGUGUCCUGUCGCUCGAUGGUGGCGGCAUCAGAGGGCUCUCCUCCAUCAUGAUCCUCAAAGCAGUCAUGGAAAGAAUCAACGAUCACAGGAUGGAAAAUGGCCUGACUCGACAAGAGCCAUACGAGUAUUUCGACAUGAUCGGCGGAACAAGCACAGGAGGCAUCAUCGCUGUCAUGUUGGGUCGCUUACACAUGACUUUGGAUCAAUGCGAACAGGCAUAUCGCGAGCUUUCAAAGAAGAUCUUCACUCCAAAAAGAUCUUCCUGGAACCUUCCCGGCCGCGCAAACGACAGGUACCAAGUCAACGGAAAGUUUGAUUCGGACAUCCUGGAACGUGCGAUCAAAUCCGUCAUCAAGGAACAAUUGCACCCAGACGCGCAAAGCGACGACCAUGGCAACUUGGAUGAUUUCAUGGAGCAGAAUCCAGCAUGCAAUGUCUUUGUCACCUCUGCUUUCCGUGACAUCGGAAACCCGGUACUCCUUCGGACAUACCAGAACAGAGCCAUGCACGACGGCAUAUCGCGUGAGCUGAAGAUCUGGCAAGCUUGUCGCGCAACCUCUGCUGCAACUUCAUUCUUCGAUCCUUUCAUACUGCACGACGGCACAGCUUUCGUUGACAGCGGGAUUCGGUGGAACAACCCAGUGCCCCAAGUGUUGGCCGAAGCCGGGGAUAUGUGGCCGAACGACAAGGACAAGAUCGCCGUCUUGAGCAUUGGUACAAGCUUCAACAGGCACAUAUCGCUGGACGGCAACUUGAUAUCCGUGGUAGAGAGUCUGGCCAAAAUAGCUACUGACACCGAGCUUAUCGCCCAAGACUUCUACCGAGAUCAUCGUACCGACUUGGUCCAGCAGAAGAGGUACAUCCGACUCAACGUUCCGGAACUUGGCAAGGUGGGCUUGGAGGAGUUCCAUAAGGUCUCCGAGAUCCGUCAGAAGACUGAAUACUAUCUCCAAGAGAAUGCAAGCGAACGGCUUCACAGCUGUGUCGAAGUUUUGGAAUCUUCAGUUAUCACGGGUCUACUUGAAACGAAAGAGUGGAAAGAAUGCAAGAUUGCCCUUGUCAACGAAAUGAUGAGUUCCCGGAACCACAUGGAGGAGAAUGUCACACCGCCCGCCAAGGAUACACUUGUCUGGUUUCUAAACCAGGGAAAUUCGCAAUAUCAAGAUUGGAAGGAGAGCCAUGAGGCAAACGUCUUGUGGAUCACCGCAGAAGCUGGAUGUGGAAAGACUGUACUGGCCAAGUUUCUGACUGAACAACUGAAGCUUCUGCCACACCCUUCCGGGCGCUCUUGUUUCUUCUUCUUCAAUUCUCGGAAUGAGAAGUCUAGGGCCAGCAAUGCACUUUGUAGCAUGCUUCACUACCUCUUGGAAUCUCCGCUCGUUGAUCCUCGGUUCUUUCCAUUGGUACUCCAAGAGUACAAGUCCAUUGGAUCCCACAUUGCACAGAAUGUCGAAGUUCUCUAUCGGCUCAUAUGCAAAGCGACGGACUACCUCAAGCCUUCUGCAGGACGGCUGCCUUGCGUACUGGACGCUCUUGACGAGUGCCAGAAUCCAGACAUGUUGACCGAAAAGCUAUGCGCACCCGCAGGAACGGGGUCAUCACAGCCUACCGAUUUUCCAUUCAAGCUGAUCAUCACCAUCAGACACACUGGCGAGUUGCCUGACUGGCGGUUCAAUCCCUCCCACUUAACCAUGGACCUUGGACGCCGACAGGAGUCUGUUGCAACAGACAUCGAGACAGUCGUUCGUGACAACGUCAAUCGGCUGGGAAUCCAAAACUCUGAGAAGGGUCUCCUUGCCAGGAGUAUAUUGGAGCGAGCUGGUGCGACAUUCCUCUGGCAAGCUCUUCUCUUCGACGAGAUCAAGAGAUUGAGGACGACCUCGGUUGGAAAGAUCUCUAGAUUGUUAGAAAACACCCCUUCGGGUCUCAACGAACACUACGAGCAGAUUCUGGAAAGAAGGCCGGAGAAGCAUAUUACGCUGUCAAUCCUUGAAAUAGUCAUUGCUUCUUCCACACCCCUGAGUCUGGACGAAAUCAACGUGGCCUUGGCAGUUCAGCGCGACAACCCAGAUUGGAAUGACACGUGGGAGACUGUGCACCGCAAUAUGGAAGACUCCUCCAACAUUGAAGCGUUCUUAAAAACCCACUGCGGAUCAUUUCUGAGAAUCGGCGGAGCUGUCGUGACGUUAUUCCACGACACGGUCCGAACGUUCUUCGAGACCUCAAGCACGAUGAUGAUCGGACUGGCAGCCGCCAACCGUGCUCUUGCUAUCAGAUGUAUCAGUUACCUACUCCUCGAGGAUUGGCAAUCCACCAGCAUCGAUUGUUGGCUAUUGUACUUCAGGGUCAGAGACGAGAACGGAAUGUUUCGCCGUUUACCUCUCCUCAAGAAUCAUCGUCAAUACCUCCAGACUUGCUUUUACGACUACUCUGCACGGCACUGGUUCCUCCAUGCCCAAGCUGCCCGGUCGGACGAGAGUUCGUGGGCGCUCCACAAUGCAGAUGAUGACUCUCGGCUUGAUGAACUUGUCAGCGGGGUAAUAGCUCUCUGCGACCCUUCAAGACAUCGCCUGGCUGUUUCCAUCCCCCUGUUUUUUCCCGGCGAUGAUACCCUCCUAUUUGCGUUAAAAAAUGACAAUCUGCCAUUGAUCUUCGGCAUCCUCCAUCACCUCACAGACUCGACUGUGUUUGGGAUCGAACAUUAUUGGAUAUUUAAACUCGCCAUUAGAAAGCGGAUGAUGAGCGUAGUCGAGUUUCUCCUAGGCCAUGACAUGUCACGAGACCUUGUGCAGUGGACUAUCUCCCAAGCAAUCGGACGGCAAGACCAGCGUAUUGCACAACUUGUUGUCAAUGCAGUAAUGAAACAAAAACACGAAUUUGCACGAGAAGUAAUCGAUAUGGGAAGCCUGGAGUUUCUCCCCAUGCUGAUCCUCGCCGAGGGACUUGACUUUGAGCCCGGAACGGCUAAUGUGAUCAGCGCCAUCCACCAUGAUGACGUCGAAUUGUUUGACCAGGGUAUGGAGCAAUAUACGCGUGAUCAUCCUGACCGCGUCGAGACAAUUUGCCAUGCCUUUUCGACUGCAAUAGUGAUCCUCAGCCGCGACGACUGUCCAAGACCAAGACCAGAUAUAGUCAAGUACCCGGUCCGCUACGUACUGAGAACCCACCUUUCCAGAGAAGAGCAAGAGCCAUUGGAUGAAACCCUUCUGAUGGCCGAGCGUAAGGCUAUCGAAAGCAAUCUUACAUUGGGGAAAGCUCUGGUCUGGGCGGCGUGCGGCGUCAGGGACGACGAGACAAGCAUAUUCCUGAAGACGGCAUGUCGCCAACACGAUCUCACUAGAAACCCUGAAACAAUUUCGAGCAUGACGGAGAUGAACGAAUCUGAAACUUCAGAAGACGGUAAAUCCUGGAGAAUAAUCAUUGGACUGGCGCUCCAGAAAAUGGAAGAAAGUGGCGCCUCACGCAGGUUUGAUCUGAGGCAGCAGGUCGAAUGUCCCGAUAUUGCAUUGCGCAACGCGAAUUCUGACGGAACUCUGCCGGCCUGGCUCGACGCGUUCCCUCAUGUGUCGCGAGAGUGCAUCGACAGACUCUCUCCUCUCUUCGAUAUGCAAGCAGACGUUGCAGUAUUUGCACUGCUCAUCCUGACGAACACAUACCCAGAAUUCACAAUUUUGAAACAGCUAAGCAAGGUGGGCUUCGAGAUCUGCUGGGUCCCAUCGAAGACAGCCAUUUUGGACACGACGGUAACAAGUGGAUGGGACAUUAUCGUAAGAGCAUUCAAAGCGCACCUCAGCCAGCUGUCCUCGUAUGAUUUCCGAUCCUUGGCGCUUGAAUCAAGUUUCCAACAUAGGGUGCUUGCGCAUGAAGACUACCCGGGAUCCAACGUGGAUGUCGUCUUACCAUAUGCAUGUACUGUCAACCCUGUAAUGGCACAAGAGAUUCUUGUUCAUGCCGGAAAGAAGCUCGGCUAUCAGCACUCCCAAGUAAGCUUACAAAGAGCUCUUGUCAGUAGCAUCUGGAGCGAUAAUUUCGAGCUCUGCGAGUCGUUGCUCAAUUUUGGUUCCGACGGUAUCGUCAAUGUGGGGGUUCUUGAAGGCCAAUCAGUAUCUGAGCAAAAAACCCCGUUGAUGGCCGCAGUCGACGUGUGUAAUUUACGCAUCGUCCAUCUUCUUCUCAACCACCAUGCAAACCCCUGGGACGAGGUAAGCGUUGUGUAUUAUCAGAUUGAGGAGCCAACACCAGAGCUUUUGGCCAUACACUACGGCGCUAGCCAUCACCCUGAGAUAGAUCAUGUCACAGGCGACGAAACAUUUGCCGAGACAGAUGCACGGCAGCCAAAGCGAACAACCUCGGCAAUAAGUACGGCUACAUGGACACAUGAGUUCUUUGAUGAAUUUCUCAAAGUCUGGAAAAAUGCUGCAAAGACCUUUGACGUCGACAUUGCAGGCUCCGAAACGUUUUCUGGAAAGACGGUCUUGCAUCGCAUAGCCCAACAUGGAGGGCUGUACCAGGCUAUGAGCCUCCUUGGAUACACGGAUGUAGACGCGAGCAGACAAGACAGGUAUGGUCGGACUGCACUCCAUGAGCUUGUCUUCAACCUGCACAAAGCCCCUCCUUCUUCCGUCGGACCGCUUUUCGAACUUUUGGUCCGUCACGGAGCAGACGUGCUCCAGGAAGACCAAUUCGGCCUCAGCCCUCUUCAGUACCUAUGCUUCUCAAACAUCGAUGGUUCCAGGUUCGACGAGUAUCUGGAGAUCUUGAUCUCUCGAGAUGCAGACUAUGUUUCACUGGAAAAGCUCGUCUCGCAGGGAAGGCUGGAGUCACUCAAUCGUCAUUCUUUUUACCUCCCGGUUGAUCUGGAGGGUAAUAUCGCUUUGGUUCGAAGAUUCGUUGAUAAACACCGCAACCGUGGUGUUUUGUCUCAAGACACCCAGGAUGCUCUGUCCAAAGAGGAGAUCCAGAGGGAUUCCGGAAAGAAAAAGGGCCAAAGCCACGGUGAAGAACGUGCAAGAGCACUGAUUGGAUCCCAAUGA